CUGAUCGUUAGGGCCGUUAGGGCCUACCGGGAGUCCGCACCGUCUGCCUCUGGAAUUGGGUUUCACUGUCAACCAUGGCAGUCACGACGCAGGUGGCGCGGGCGCGGCUCUCUGUGUGGGGCGUGAGGGCAAUGCAAGUCCGUGGCUUCGGCUCCGAAGAGACUAGCAGUGCGGGCUCGGUGAGGGACGCCGGUGGGGCCUUCAGUAAAAGAGAGCAGGCUGAAGAGGAACGAUACUUCCGAGCAAAGACUAGAGAACAACUGGCAGCCUUGAAGAAACACCAUGAAGAUGAGAUCGGUCAUCAUAAAAGGGAGAUUGAGCGUCUGCAGAAAGAAAUUGAGCGGCACAAGAACACCAUCAAGAAACUAAAAAUCCAUGAUGAUGAUUAAGUGCACACAGUUCCCCAUAGAAUGGCUACAUAUUGCCCACUUCUAUGAAGACAUAAUUCUGGUAAUUAAUAUCUAUCUGUGCUGCCAACAGAUUAUAAUAAAUUGUCAUCAGUGAA